GGUGCCUCUGCGGCAGCACCUUCAGCGCUUCCCUGGGGUGUGCGGUGUCAUUAGCGCUGGGAGAGGGCUCCAGAAGCGCGGCUGAGCUGUGCCUGGAUGCGAGGUGCGCAUCCCUGCUCGGUGCCAUCAGUGAGGGCCGUGCUGGGGCCAGGAGCUCCAGAGCCGCCCCGGUGCCGGGGAGGUGCGCGGUGCCGCUCCCGCCGCAGGGCACCGGCCGCGGGUGGGAACCGUGCUACGUGGCAGGGCAGUGGGCUGGAGAGACGUGUGUGUUUCUGAUCGCUUCAAAUAAUUCAUUUCGCUAGACGUGAAGCUAGAAAAUAUCCGUAAACGCCUGGCGUUAACUAGGGUUGAAGGAGGACGUGGGGUUUGCUUUGGCGUUGUUGGCAGAGUCCUCUGUUUUAAAGUGGUUAUCGCUAAGUUUGUUGCCCAGAAUAAGUUUAUGUAACUGAGGAAGAUCUAGGUGCAGAGACUCCCUUGGCUAGACCUUCUUGAAAAUUUGGAGGCGGGCUGGAGCUUGAAGCUAAAGGAUUACUAGUUAGUUAUUUACCAAAGUAUGUAGUAGUUAUAUUUUGCACGUUUUUCUUCCCACUGUAAACAUUUCUUGUGUAAAAAGAAACCCAGCAUGUUUCUUCUUACAUUAAAUUGAAAAAUCCUGUAUGAAGGACCAAAAUUCUUAUCUUGUUUACAUGAUGUGUUUCUUGUCUCGGGACCAUCUAUAGUCAAGAUGUCCAUAUGGGUACAAGAGAUAAAAAGUGAGCUGAAAGAUGGUUCCAUGUUUACUGCUCACUGGAUCAGGAUUCACUUCUCUUUUAAGAGACCUGUAAAUUUUCCAUUAUGCCUGAUGAUUUGAGCUGUAGUGGGGAAUUUAUACAAAUUUCUUAGCUUAGUUGUUGGCCCAGAACAUGUGUGACGUAUGGUUUAACAAAAUUGGAAGGCACAGAAUAUGAUAAAAAACAGAGUUUGACUUAAGCUGUCUCCUUCUGCUUCCAACUUCAUGUAAAGAAUAAUGUUGAAAUAUGUUACUAGCAAAUUUUCUCCCUGUGAAAUACCCAUUUCUACCUCUUGGGUGUUCCAGAAGUUUAGGGGUAUUGUCUCCAUGUGGUUGCUUUAAUUGAGAGAAGCAUCAUAUUAAUUCUUGUAGACCACUGCAACAGGCUUUUUUGUUGUUUAGUGGGUAGUAGUAUAAACAUAUUUUUCAAAGUAAAAUUACACAUUUACAGCAAUCUUAUAGUUUCAUUGUAACAUUCAGCAGUCUCCAAUAUGUCCACUUCAUCUAUUUUAUUUUUGCCUUAUGUCUUCUGUUGGCAGUGUUUUAUAACAUAAUUAUAUGAGAAAUGCUUCUGCCUUUUUCAGCGGAUGACUGAUUAAACUUUGCAUUGUUAAUUGUUGCUAAGAAAAUAUUAGGAAAACUCUUGGAUUUUUUUCUCCAUGUAUGGACUUACACAGAAUUUGAGAAUCUAACAGAAAAAACAUCAGCAUAUGUGAGCAAUAAAGCAGAAAUACAAGUUCGUUACUGACAGAAUAUGUGCUGCUAAAAAUAUAUGUAUAGAUGCUGUCAUUUCAAUUUUCAGAAGAAAAUGCUGUCUAUUUAACUGCAGAAGAACAAGGCUUUGUCUUCCUGUAAUUCUGAAGUGAAAGUUGUCAUCAACAAGAAAACUAAAACCUUUAAAAGAUAGGCAUUAGUACUAGAAUGCUGAAACAAACUUCUGGAUUAGCUUCAUUGGCUUUCCUGCUUCUUUUGCAUCCCAAAGCAUAAACUUAAAUCGUCCCAGAAGGACAAGGUCCGCCAGUUUAUGGCAUUUACCCAGGCUGGUGAAAGGACUGCUAUAUACUGCUUAACACAGAAUGAAUGGAAACUAGAAGUGGCAACAGACAACUACUUCCAGAAUCCAGACUUGUACUACAAAGAAUCCAUGAAAAAUUCAGUGGACAAGAAGAAAUUAGAACAAUUAUAUAAUCGAUACAAAGACCCACAAGAUGAAAAUAAAAUUGGCAUUGAUGGGAUUCAGCAGUUCUGUGAUGAUUUAAGCCUGGACCCAGCCAGUAUCAGUGUUCUGGUUGUGGCGUGGAAAUUCAGGGCAGCUACGCAGUGUGAAUUCAGUAAAAAGGAAUUUAUUGAUGGCAUGACAGAGUUGGGGUGUGACACCACAGAAAAGCUAAAAGCUCUAUUGCCAAGGUUGGAACAAGAGCUAAAGGAUCCAGCAAAGUUCAAAGAUUUUUAUCAGUUUACUUUUAACUUUGCUAAAAAUCCCGGACAAAAAGGUCUAGAUCUAGAAAUGGCAAUUGCAUACUGGAAUUUAGUCUUGUCAGGAAGGUUUAAAUUUUUAGAUCUUUGGAAUAAAUUUUUGCUGGAACAUCAUAAAAGAUCAAUUCCAAAAGAUACUUGGAAUCUUUUGUUAGAUUUUGGAAAUAUGAUUGCAGAUGAUAUGUCCAACUAUGAUGAAGAAGGAGCGUGGCCUGUUCUAAUAGAUGAUUUUGUGGAGUAUGCACGACCAGUAAUCACAGGAGGAAAACAUAAAACUUCCUAACCUCAGAUUUGUUGAUAUGGACUAAAUGAACUGCAGUGGGUAAUGAAGAUUUGUCAGCUGAUAACUGCACAUUGGUGCUGGUUUCAGUGCUUGGGAUGACAUUCUGCAGACAAAACUGAAAUUCCUCCUUUCUGCCUAAAGAAAAUGAUUAUGGACAUGUGGACACUUCAAGAACAAACUCAGAAGAUCCAAGCUGUUUGUAGGCUAUUGGCUUCAAUUAUUGUACUGGUUGUAUCAUAUAGGAUGUAGAUUUUGCAUGAUUUUAUACUUUGGAGAAGUUUAACUAGAGGCCAUUUUAUUAAAGUUUUGACAGCACAGCAUGCCAUUCAGUUCAUAAUCCAAAGUGAACACCAGCAGUUACAUGAAUAAAAAUGUAUUAUAUUGUACUUAUUAAAAGCAGUAUUUGUGGAAUAUAAAUUAAAUCCAUAAAUAAAACUUAUGCAGUAUGUUGUAUUUUUAUAAAGUUAGUUCUCUGGAUCUCUCUUGAUACAGAAUUGUAAAAAAUCUCAAACAAAUGAACAUAUGCUUUUUUUGUUUUAACUUAUUGCCAGAAUGUUAAAUUUGUAUUUUCACAUCCUAGAUGUAUACAGUGAUCACAUCCAGCCUUUUGCUUUCUCCCAGUGAAUUUGCAUUUUUCUGCUUGAAGUGCUUGGACAUGUAACAAUGGCAUUGCUGAGGACAGGCUGCUGCUCUAUGAUGUGUUGCAACUCCAGCUUUUUUUAGUAACCAUUUUAAAGCAGACAUUAAACCAAAGAUGCUUUUAUAAUUAAUGUUUAAUUAUCAUAAUUCAGUUAGUCUCCAAUUAUGUAUUUUAUUUAUUUUAAUAAGGAACUGCUGGAAUAUGGAUUUUAUUUGUAGCUUGAAACAUAUCAUAAAUUCUAGCUAAAUGCACCAUAGUUGUAAAUUCAUUUCCUGGCACUUCUCACAGAAAAUAGAUGCAAGUAAGCCCAAAGACUUAACUAGUUGGCUUCCACGGUGGAGAAAUAGUUAGGGGUAAGGAGACUUUAUAUUAAUGAUUAUAAGUAUUCAUUCUUGUGAAUGUAUUGUGCAUUCAAUUAUAUUUAAGGGGAUUAAAAACCAAAUCAGUGCAGUUUCAGUGAUCUCAAGUCUGGUGAAAUUGGACCAGUUUUCACCAAAUCUGAAUUCAUUCAGUCACUUGUUUCUCCCCUUUUGCCAGCCACCGAUUAUGAAGUGCACAGUGGUGUCAGUCUUCUGUUUUUCAUCAGUGUCCUCUGAGCACAAAAAAGUUUUACCAGAAACUAUUCAGCGUGUCACGGGGCUCUUGCAAAUGCUACCUCAUCAAAAUGAGUUUGUCAUAGCCACUGUAAAAGUUUAUUAAAAUGAAGAGUUGCUAGAGAGUAUGUACAGCUAUGAUCUAAAUAUUUUCUGUAUUUAAGGCUGAAUAGAUGCAAGAAUUCUGGAGAAAAUAGUGCAUUAAGUUAUAUAGUUUAUAUAUGUGUUUGGAUCAUUGAUGUGUUGCAUGACAACAGACACUUUUAUUUUGUAGUUGCCAGGGUAUAAAAGCUGACAAUAUUCUCUUAAACUCUAAUAUUUAGAGUUUCAUACAAGCAUUAUGUCAACACGACCUGCAAGGACAAGUGUACAUGCUGCAUACAGAGACUACUUUUGUUCUUCCACUUGCUAGAAUUUCAGUUGUGCAUGACAUUUAAAAAGCAAGAUGAGGGAAGAUUUCAACAAAUUAGUGAUUUUUCUCUUAGUUAGAGCCCAGCAAGCAAGUUACAAAUGCCCUGUGAGUGAUUUGUUAUGCAUAUUUGUCUUUUUUUUUUUUUUUUUUUUUUUUUUUUUUUUUUGUGAGUGUCAGCCCUGGCCAAACAGCCGCCAGGUGUCAGCGUCUGAGCCCGCUGCUGCCUGGUGCUCCUGCGCAGUUACCCACUGAGGUUGUACCAAAUUUCUGCUUUCUGACUGCAUCUUUUUAGAAGGGCAUUUGUGUCCAUAACUUUCAAGUAUUCUACAGAAGUCAGCAGAGAGCUAGAAGUAGCUAUGCUCUUUUUACUGUGUUUGAUUUAUGUACACCUCCUCCCCAGAGCAAGCCAUUUCUGUAUCUGUCCCACAGGCUUUGCAGAAUGUGUAAAAUCUUACAGCAUCAAGUGCAUUUAUCUAGCCAGAAACAAUGGAAUGCUUGUUACUCACAUAAUUGCCACUUAAAAUAUAUAGAUAAAAUGUAACUGACCAGAAGUAGCUUAAUCUAUUGGUAUGUGAUGUAACUGAAGUUUCAUAGCACUAGAGCUUGUGAAACAUUUGCUCAUGAUGAGAGCUCCAUCAAAUCAUUCUGAUGAACCUUCUACCUUUUAGAAUAAAUAGAGCAUAAAAAAUGCAUGUGGGUUGAGGGUUUUUUCCCUUGUUAAUUACAGCAAGAAGGAAGGGUGCUUAGCCCAGGAUUCAGUGUGUGUGUUUGUGUAUAUAUACAUAUAUGUACACACACAUUUAAAUCUCAUUCCUGGGGGGAUCCUUCCUGGGUGACAGUGGAAGACUGAACAAAAUACUCCAGAGAUAGUAGUUGAUCCUUGUGAGCCAGCUUUUGAGGUUUGCUAUGCUUUUCCUUUUUUUGUUCUUCCUGGUCCUCUACCCAUUUUAAACCACAUGUGAUUUUUACAUUCCCAUAUAAAGUAACACCUUAACACUUGAACAGUCAUAAAAAAUGCAAAUAAGCUGCUUUCACCUUACAAGUUUGUUGCAUGUUUUAAUGAUUUGCUGCUGUCCACAGUUCCACUUUACAGGGUACUCUGACUUCCAUUUUAAGUAAGCUGAUACAGUGGUAACACCUAGGCUACUCAAUUUAUAAUCCUAAAUGCUGCAGAUGUCUUCAAGUUGUUCAGUGCGUACAGUAUUACUUCACAGAUACGCUGUAUGUAUUUUUAAACUUGGUGCCAAGUUGUUUGGUUUGAAACUGAGCCAUAGGAUUUGUACUUGCCAAUUCUAAAUUUAAAUGUAAUUUAUCAUGUGUGUCAUGCCAAGGAGAGCAAACCUGCAGGCAUCUGCUUAUUCAAUGCACCUUGGAGAUUUGCUGCUGAGUAAGCUGUACAUGUGUGUAUAUUUUUUGGCAAUGGAAAAAGGAAUAAAUGGACUUUCAAAGGA